CCCCCCCCCCUCUCUUCCCCACUCCUUUUCUCUUCUCUUCUCCUUUCAACUCUCAUCUCACUGCCGGCGUGUUCCGCUGGCCCUUCUCUUUCCGUCUCCCCCUUUUCCUACAGUGGACCUUCUGCCAGCGGGCAGUCCGUCAAAAUGGCCAUGCAGCUUGAUCUCUCCCAAGCUUCGGUGUUGAAGGAUGAACAAGGCCGGCCGUUCAUCGUUGUCCGGGAUCAGGGCAAGAAGAAGAGACAACAUGGUACCGAGGCCGUGAAGUCGCACAUCGUCGCUGCGAAGACCGUCGCCAGCAUCGUCAAGUCAUCUCUGGGUCCCCGCGGUCUCGACAAGAUUCUGAUCUCCCCCGAUGGCGACAUCACCGUGACCAACGACGGCGCCACCAUUCUCUCCCAGAUGGAAAUCACGAACAACGUUGCCAAGCUCCUCGUGGAGCUGUCGAAAUCUCAGGACGAGGAAAUCGGUGAUGGAACGACCGGUGUGGUUGUUUUGGCCGCCGCCAUGCUGGAACAGGCGUCCGACCUCAUUGACAAGGGUAUCCACCCUAUCCGGAUCGCCGACGGAUACGACCAGGCUUGCGAGAUCGCCGUGGAACAACUCGAUAAGAUCAGCGACGAGAUCGUGUUCUCCAAGGAUGACACUACGAACCUGCUGAAGGUCGCCAAGACCAGUCUGGGUAGCAAGAUUGUCUCCAAGUCCCACGACCAGUUCUCCAAGAUCGCCGUCGAUGCCGUCCUCUCCGUGGCGGACCUGGAGCGCAAGGAUGUCGACUUCGAGCUGAUCAAGGUCGAUGGAAAGGUCGGAGGAGCCCUGGAGGACUCCCUCCUCGUGAAGGGUGUCAUCGUCGACAAGGAUUUCUCCCACCCUCAGAUGCCCGACGAGGUUCUGGAUGCCAAGCUGGCCAUCCUCACCUGUCCGUUCGAGCCCCCGAAGCCCAAGACCAAGCACAAGCUCGACAUCACCUCCGUCGAGGAGUUCAAGAAGUUGCAAGACUACGAGAAGGAGAAGUUCACCGAGAUGAUCCAGCAGCUGAAAGACUCCGGCGCCAACCUGGUCAUCUGCCAGUGGGGUUUCGACGAUGAGGCCAACCACCUUCUGCUCCAGAACAAGCUCCCCGCCGUUCGCUGGGUCGGCGGUCCGGAGAUCGAGCUGAUUGCUAUUGCGACGAACGGUCGCAUUGUUCCUCGUUUCGAGGACCUGAGCGCGGAUAAGCUGGGAACCGCGGGUCGCGUUCGUGAGAUGACCUUCGGUACCACGCGGGAGAAGAUGCUCGUCAUUGAGGAGUGCGCCAACAGCCGUGCCGUGACGGUAUUCGUACGAGGAAGCAACAAGAUGAUCAUUGACGAGGCCAAGCGUUCACUCCACGAUGCUCUUUGCGUUGUGCGUAACCUGGUGCGCGACAACCGUGUCGUCUACGGUGGUGGUGCCGCUGAAAUUGCCUGCUCCAUCGCUGUUGAGGACGCUGCUGUCAAGAGCCCCGGCAUCGAGCAAUACGCCAUGCGCGCCUUUGCCGACGCCCUGGACGCCAUCCCGAUGGCCCUUGCCGAGAACUCCGGCCUGAGCCCCAUCGAGACUCUGGCCUCGAUCAAGUCCCGCCAGGUCAAGGAGAAUAACUCCCGUCUGGGUGUUGACUGCAUGCUGACUGGCAACAACGACAUGAAAGAGCACUUUGCCAUCGACCCUCUAAUCGGCAAGCGCCAGCAGCUGUUGCUUGCGACCCAGCUGUGCCGCAUGGUCCUUAAGAUCAACAACGUCAUCAUCUCCGGCGAUGACGACCAGGAUUUCUAGAUUUCUUGUAUACAGCUUUUUUGUUUCGAUGGCUCAAAAGUGACACACGGGCGUUGCAGUCAUGCGGAAUCCACGAUACUACAUAUAGUUCUGCAGGUAAUCAGUCUGGGGGGUGGGAUGCUAUGUAAAACAUGGCGGUUACAUAGAAACAGUGAAAUGACAGAAAUGACAUUCAUG